AUGUCAUCUCAUGUUGAGAAUAUGAACUUUCUCAGAGGGCUCUGGUUGGCUAACGACAGCUCGAGCGGCGAACACCCCCUAGAACUCUGCCACUCGAGAAGACUUGAACGUUUCUCAGUUGCUAUUAAUUCUAUUACUGAAUUUAAAAUUUUCGAAAUUUUGAAUCGGACAUAUAUACUCUCUCUUCUCCGUCUCACACACAAACCACGAUCUCCCUCUUCUCCUCUCUUUUCCAUCUCACACUCUCCUUUUGACGCACCACCACCGACGGCCCCCCCAAAACUGCCCCCACCACCACCGACGCACCACCACCACGAUCUCCUCUCUUCCCUCCCCUCCAUCUCACACAACCUCCUCUCGACGCACCACCACCGACGGACACCCCAAACCCGCCCCUUCCGCCACCACCAUCUCUUCUCUCUCGCAGGGGAUUAUUCAGUGGGUUCACCUUCAGGGCUCUCUCCUUCCUCUUCCUCCUCACAAGCUCAUUUCCGUCCAUGGCCACCCUACCCUCCACCACUGCUUGCAUCACCCCCAAGUCCCGUCUCAGGGGCGUGGUCUUCGACAUGGACGGAACCCCAACUGUCCCCGUCAUCGAUUUCCAGGCAAUGUACAGGGCCAUGCUCGGCGAAGAGGAGUAUUUGGCCCUCGAAUCGAGGAACCCUGCUAUGGGAAUUGAUAUACUGCAUCACAUCGAGAAUUGGAGCCCUGAUAAGCAACAUAGAGCUUAUGAAUAAUUUUUCUAUACAGGGAUGUUUCUCUAUAGGAGGAUGUUUCCUCUCCGCUCUCUGAGCCAAAAUCGCCAUAGAGGAUCCGUUGGAUGUAAGAACACUUGCUCUCCUCCCCCCCCCCCUCCCCAAACCAAAAUCUGAAGAAUGAAGGCUCGGUUUGCACUUUUCAAAAUUGUGCAACGCAGUGAUUGAAAAAGCACGCCUAGGCGAGGUUGGGUGAGGUGGGUGGCUAGUCUCACUUCAAGUCACCUAGGCGUGAGGCAUGAAAAAGUGGCGCCUAGGCGUCGUUAGGGCAAAACAGCUCAAUUAAAACACAAAUCUGCCUCUCCUCAAUCAGAAAUCUAUGGUCUCUCCACUGGGCUCUCUCGUCUCUCCUCUGGGCGUAACAGGUAUGUCGAUCUCUCUCUCUCUCUGAUCGACACACAACACACACGCGCACCCUUCUUCUUCUUCUCUCUGAUCGACACACAGUCACACACGCACCCUCCUUCUUCUCUCUCUCUCUCUCUCUCUCUCUCGCACCCUCUCUCAACCCAUCUGGGUCAGUCGGUUGCACUCUGCAGCUGCUGCUAGUGCUGGCCCUGCUGGGUAAUAUUUUUUUCUCACAUACACUAUACACACAGUGUGUGUGUAUAUAUAUAUUAUACAGUAUAUACUAUAUACUCCGUAUAUAAUACAGUAUACAGUAUAUAUUGAUUAAUAAUUUAAUUUAAUAUUGUACAGUAUAUACAGUAGUAACUAGUAACAGUAAUGAAUCAAAAAUCUGAUGAUUAAUCAGUUUGUUGUUUGUAUAUAUUAAUACUAGUGGUGUUGAUCAUAUUUUAUCUCCUUUGUUUGUGUAUACAUUUUGUUUGAUUGACAAACCCCAUGAUUUUGGGAAAAUCCAUGGUCUGACUUCUAGAGCAAACUGAUUUGUUCUGUUGAAGGGAAAGGCAAGCUAACUUUGAGCAAAGCAAAGCAGCCCCAUGAUUCUAUUACUAGGUUCAAAAUCAUAUCCCUAGGCUCCAAUUUGAAAGCCCUAAACCUAAACUAACUUGGGAAAAUUGAUUAUUUCCUAGAUUGUGACUUUUUUUUUUUUUUUUGGGAAUUGUAGAUUGGGGAACCUUGAUGGGUUUGUGCAUUCACAAGUAAAAAAUUGUUUGCAUUAUAGAUAAGUUUCCCCCAAGUUUCAUAAGAAGUAUGCAUAGUUGUUGAGUUUUUUACUUGGAUUGUUUAUUCUACGCGUUGUUAUACUUUGGGUUGUGUCAACUAAGUUAGGGCUUUUGAUUCAAAUAUGUUUUAAUGGAGGUUCAUUCAUGAUACCUAUUUUUGAGUCCCCUUGAUCCUUUCUUUUUGUUUUAGGUCAUGGAAACUUAGUUUUGGAGAUCGGUUCACGGACAAUGACGUGAAGGAGUAUAGCUUUCCCACACCUCCAUCUAGAAUUUUACGAUAGGCUGAAGUAUGAAGUAUAGUUCUGAACUCCAUAUCUAUAUUUCAAAAGAGCUCAUUAUACCAAUGUUUCAUCCUUUAAAAAUCAAGACAAAUUCUCCGAGUGGAAAGAAAGUGGCAAAAAGACAAGGGUAUAGGAAUGGUCUAACCAAUCCAAUUGAACGACACAAACGAACAAACAUAAGUCAAGAGGCUAAACUAAGUAUUUAUAACUAGGUCUCCUAUAUGCAAUUCCAAGCGAUCGAAUGAAGAUUGAAACUGUAAUACUAAGUCAGCCUUUUCCAGAGAAAGUAAAUCAAACAAAGUUAAAAGGAGAAUUUAAAGCAACGCAAAGAGAAAUUAUUUAAUAGUUGAGAGUCGAAUUUAUCCUUAGUUUUCUAACGAAGAAUAUUUCCAUGUCAAUUCUAUUGCCCAAUCCUAGCA